AUGUCUGAACGAAACUAUAUCCGCUGGGAUGCUGAUGGCGUUGAAAGGAUUCCACCCAACGAACAAGAGGAUAUCCAAGAGACAGUCAAGAAAAUCAAUGAAAUCCAGAGACGCUUCUAUGAAAAGAAUGGGCAUUGCUUUGGAGGGACCCAUGCUCGAACCCAAGGAAUUGUCAAGGGCAAACUCCAUGUGUCCGAUGAUCUACCUUCCCACUUGAAGCAGACAGAACUCUUUUCACAAGCUGGAGAGUUUCCUAUCAUUUGUCGAUACAGCUCUGAACCAAGUGAUCCUAAGCUUGACGACCGUAUUCCUCAACCACGCGGUCUAGCAAUGAAAGUCUUCAACGUCAAAGGCGACAUGUUUGAAGCAGGCAAAGACUUUCCAACCCAAGACAUUGAGUUCAACAGUACUCCAGCACUUGAUCUCGCAGAUGCAAAAACUACAAAAGAGAUUAUUGAUCUUCGUCUGAAGUAUGGAUACAACACCAAGAAACAAGACGAGAAGAUCGAGCAAAGAGAAGACAAAGAACUUCAACAAGCCCGAAACCAAGUACCUAACCAACAUUUGGAGUCCAUCACGUUCUACUCACAGACUGCAUAUCGUUUUGGGGACUAUGUUGUCAAGUAUAAUCUUGUCCCAAGCAGCGCAGCCCAGAAGAGCCGAAGAGAGGAAACUGUUGAUAAACAACCUGACGGUGUCUUGCAUGAAUGGUUACAGGAUUUCUAUCGGAACAAUGAAGCGGAGUAUCUCUUCCAAGUACAGCUUUUGGAGAAUCUCGAAGAACAGCCUGUCGAAUACGGUGGUACGGAGUGGGACUCUGACAAGUAUCCAUGGCAGACGGUGGGAAAGCUCGUUUUUCCAAAGCAAGAGAGCUGGAAUGAGGAGAGAAACAGGUUCUGGGUUGAUCACCUACGGGUUGAUCCAUGGCACGGGCUUGUUAGCUUUCAGCCAUUGGGAAGUCCAAACAGACUGCGACGCAUUCAGAGUUAA